GCUGCGGGCCAGGGGAAGGCCAGGGCUGCUGGUACUAGCCACUCUCGUCUUUUGCCUAAUGCUUCAAGUCAGUGCCAAAAGACCCCCCAAGACACCCCCCUGCCCACCCAGCUGCUCCUGCACCAGGGACACUGCCUUCUGCGUGGACUCGAAGGCAGUGCCCAGGAACCUGCCCUCAGAGGUCAUCUCCCUGACCCUGGUGAAUGCUGCGUUCUCUGAGAUCCAGGACGGAGCGUUCUCCCACCUGCCCCUGCUGCAGUUCUUGUUACUCAACUCCAACAAGUUCACCCUGAUCGGAGACAACGCCUUCAUAGGACUGUCGCACCUGCAGUACCUCUUCAUUGAGAACAAUGACAUCUGGGCCCUGUCCAAGUUCACUUUCAGAGGACUCAAGUCCUUGACUCACCUCUCGCUGGCCAACAACAACCUACAGACGCUGCCCAGAGACAUCUUUCGGCCCCUGGACAUCCUGAGUGACUUGGACCUGCGGGGCAACGCCCUCAACUGCGACUGCAAGGUCAAGUGGCUGGUGGCGUGGCUGGCACGCACCAACACCACGGUGGCGCCCACGUACUGCGCCAGCCCACCGCGCUUCCAGGACCACAAAGUGCAGGACCUGCCGCUGCGGGAGUUCGACUGCAUCACCACUGACUUCGUGCUGUACCAGACCCUGUCCUUCCCGGCAGUGUCGGCUGAGCCGUUCCUUUACUCCAGUGACCUGUACCUGGCUCUGGCCCAGCCGGGUGCCAGCGCCUGCACCAUCCUCAAGUGGGACUACGUUGAACGGCAGCUCCGAGACUACGACAGGAUUCCAGCACCCUCGGCCGUGCACUGCAAGCCGAUGGUGGUGGACGGCCAGCUGUACGUGGUGGUGGCCCAGCUGUUCGGCGGCUCUUACAUUUACCACUGGGACCCCAACACCACGCGCUUCACCAAGCUGCAGGACAUCGACCCCCAGCGCGUGCGCAAGCCCAACGACCUGGAGGCCUUCCGCAUCGACGGCGACUGGUACUUUGCCGUGGCCGACAGCUCCAAGGCCGGUGCCACCAGCCUCUACCGCUGGCACCAGAACGGCUUCUACUCCCACCAGGCCCUGCAUGCCUGGCACCGCGACACCGACCUGGAGUUCGUGGAUGGCGAGGGCAAGCCGCGGCUCAUCGUGUCCAGCAGCUCCCAGGCGCCCGUCAUCUACCAGUGGAGUCGCACCCAGAAGCAGUUUGUGCCCCAGGGCGAGGUGACCCAGGUGCCUGACGCCCAGGCUGUGAGGCACUUCCGCGCCGGCCGCGACAGCUACCUGUGCCUCAGCCGCUACAUCGGAGACUCCAAGAUCCUGCGCUGGGAGGGCGCCCGCUUCUCCGAGGUGCAGGCCCUGCCCUCGCGGGGCUCGCUAGCACUGCAGCCCUUCCUCGUGGGUGGCCGCCGCUACCUGGCGCUGGGCAGUGACUUCUCCUUCACCCAGAUCUACCAGUGGGACGAGGGGCGGCAGAAGUUUGUGCGGUUCCAGGAGCUGGCGGUUCAGGCCCCUCGGGCCUUCUGCUACAUGCCUGCUGGGGACGCCCACCUGCUCCUGGCACCCAGCUUCAAGGGUCAGACACUGGUGUACCGACACGUCGUGGUGGAUCUCAGUGCCUAGAGGGUGCUCGGGCCUCGGGGCUCCUCACGGUGGCCAUCGGAGGCUGGCGUGCACCUCUCUGAGCAGCAUGUACGCCCGUGUGAAGACACGUGACCUCCUGCAUACGUGCCCCGGCACACACAGCCAGGGAGCCAGGCGCAUCGCAGACCUGCCCCGGGGAGCGUCGCUCGUCCUGUAAUCGGCACAAACACUUGUGUGUGCACUAGGUACCCAGGGGCCUCUGCGGCCCUAGGCCACCCGUGGUUCCCUGGGUCCGCUGCUCCCACACCCUGACCCUUGCCUCGUGCAUACUGGUGGACUGGUGGUGCGGGUGGGUGCCAGCCCGUCCCUCUGAGCCCUGGCCUUCCCCGGGUGCUGCCAGUGCCUGCUUUCCUGCUCACGCUCCACGCUGCAGCCCAGGGUGCCUCCCCUCACUCAGCCGUGCAGGGUCCCCUCCAUGCACAUGCAGGUGCUGAUGCACACGCCUGUCUACAUUCCGCUUCCACGUAGGAACGUGUCCAGGAGCGAGCACACACGCACCAACACAGCACUGCCUACGCGGGCUGCCCUCCUGUCUCUGACUCUCCCUGUCCGUCCCCACUGUGCCCGCCCCGCCCUGAGGACGAGGUGGGUAGAGCCCGCCUCUGAACACCAGCUCGGCCCUCCUGGGGCAAAGCCCCUCCACCCUGAGCAAUAACAACGCAGGGCCCCUGGGCUGCUCCGGCUGCUGUCUGUCCUCACGGGAACUCCUGUGACCCCGCGUCCCAGCUCCCCGUGGGCAGGAGCCUCUGCUCGUCUUUCUGCAGUGGGUGCUGCCUCCGCCUGGGAUCACUCCCAGCGCACCCUGUGUUGGGGUGUGGCCCCUGAGAUGUGCUGCUCUUGGGGGUGGUGGUGACAUGAGAGUGGCCGAGCCAGGGGACCCACGAGCACCCCAGCCACCUGGGCACUCUCCUGUCCCCUCCUUUCCAGGCCGCUGAGUGGUGGCCGCCCCUGGGGAGGGUCCAGGAACCUAGCUCUGCUGCCCUCUGCUGUGUGCUGGGUGGAGGUGCAGGACUGGGGAGACAGGCAGGGCGGGGGCUCCCUUUCCUGGGUCAGGAUUGCGUGAGGGCUCCCAUGGUAGGGUGCCCGGGGUGCUCAGGGGCAAUGCUGUGACUCACUUGCUUCAAAUAAAGAGCUCCAUCCCAUGCUGACUCUCGAGUGUCAUCAAGGU